GUCCUUCAUUUAUUCAUUUAUUCACUCAUUCACUCAUUCACUCAUUCACUCAUUCACUCCCUCCUCCACCCACCCACUCACCCACUCACCCACUCACCCACCCACCAACCUCAAACCCUUAACCCACCAUCCACUUAUCAAAUCAUCCUCCACCCACAGCCCGGUCGAGCACUGCUUGCACAAUCUGCAGGUACAUUACCCGUCACACAUUUUCGAAUCUGGGGGUAAAUUGUUCAUUCGGUCAUUCCAUCAGUCAGUCAGUCACUCAGUCAGUCAGUCACUCACUCAUUCACUCAUUUACUCAUCCAUUCCAUUCCAUCAGUCACUCAGUCACUCACUCAUUCGCUCAUCUCCUCAUCCAUUCACAUCCCUCCAAUUCAAUUCUUCUUACGCCAUCAUAAUACCUACGUACUUGUUGCCCAAGAGUACCAAACAUCCCUACCUCCCUCCCAAAUCUACAUCCCCAUCCAUUCUCCAAGAUCCUUUCCACCUCCUCGCCCCGACCCUCCUCUCCUCUCCUCCUCUCCCCCUCGCCCCAAUACUCUUCCAAUCAAUUGCGCUGGCAGAAUAAUGCCCAUAAGAGUAAUUACUAAGUCGUCAAUACAUCAUAGAACUACUCUCUAUUACUUAUGAUUCUCAACGUCGCCAUUGUACUACUUUCGACGUAUUGAUUCCCCCGUCCAUUUGUUUCGUUUCGUUUCGUCUCAUUUCAUUCAUCAUGUCGGAAGAAAAGAUUCAACCCCCUCAACCCUCACAACCCACACAACAAAAAUAUUCGAGAUACCGAUCAGUAAGAGCCUUGCCAUCGAAGCCCGAUCCGGCACCUCCAAACCAAGAUGUGCACCAACAAUCGCAGAAUACUUCCAUGUCGAGGACGAAAAGUAUGUCCCGAUAUCGACGUCCAAAAUUAACCCCUCAAUCCGAUCAUUCGCCCCCGGUACCGUCAUUGCCAGUCUCGCAUGCCCAGCCAACAUCUCCAGAUCCCGCCGCGAGAAUUCCCAUGACACGACGAACCACGGAUCCAGCUGAUUCUGCCAUUGGCCUUCCAACAAACUAUGCGCAAACGAGACGCCCCAUCCCCAAGCGAUCGCAAUCCCACUUGGGCGCGGCGGUGGCGGGGGAACCUCAAAAUUGCGACGAGCGACAACAGACUUAUGAACCAAAUUAUCACAGUGACCAUGGCGUAAAUCAACAAAUCCUCUCUCCGUCGCAUUCCCCUCCACCGGUUUCUCUCCCCGUUCAAUUGAGUGACGAGGAGACGGAGAGGAUCUUGGCAGAACAGAAGCGCAAGGAUUUGGAGCGAUUGGAAGCCACACUGGAUGCUGCUGCAAAUGACUCGGUCAAGAGCCCUCCUCAGAAAUUCGCAUUUUUUAGUAGUAAGAGACGUGCGACGACAACCACGAAACCGCCCCUACCUUCGGUCUUGGACAAUAUCGCAUCAAUCCAGCGUACGAUAGGUGAUGGUCCUCCCAUAAAUGAUGCGCCCGUCAUCAAUCCGGUGGGUAUUCAACAAGGUGGAGGAGGAAUAGUACCGCAAACCGAUGCUCCAAUCUCAGCAUCAAAUGCGCCGGAGAGGAGAGUCUUGAUUCGCUGUAAACAAUCAUCAAUCAACCUACCGGUCGACGGAGAUACGACUCCCACUGAUAUCAUAAAUUCGGCUGCAAACAUCAUGUCGACCAAUAUCGAUCCAAACACUGCCGUAUUAUUGGAGUCCUACACAACUCUUGGUCUAGAGCGAAAAAUUCGGCGUUAUGAACAUAUUAGAGAUAUCAUGAAUUCUUGGGAUAGAGACACGCAAAAUUCUCUCAUUGUGGAAGGUUCCGAUUACCUUGAUCAUGAAGAAGACCUAGACGCAUCAUCGGUACCCACAGAUGCGCCUCAAGAUGUUACCGUGCAGCUUUAUCAUUCUCAGAAACCCGGCAAAUGGAACAAGCGUUAUAUCACACUUCUUUCUUCCGGUCAAGUAUUUGUCUCGAAAAAGUCGGGCGUGGGCAUGAACGAUAAAGAUUCCAUGAACAUUUGUCAUUUAUCUGAUUUCGAUAUCUAUACCCCAACAGCGCAACAGAUUAGGAAAACUCUCAAACCUCCAAGGAAGAAUUGUUAUGCUAUCAAGAGUCAACAGAAAACUGCAAUGUUUUUGAGUGCAGAAAAUUACGUACACUUCUUUUGUACCGAUGAUCACAUUGCGGCAAAUGCGUGGUAUUCAGCCGUUCAGAGAUGGCGAAGUUGGUAUUUGGUUAAUAAGAAGGGUGAAGGUCAGAAGAAAGCUACGAAAACGGUCAAGACGAUGAAAACCAAACUCUCAUCAGGCCUAGGAACCGUUAAAGGUGCUCGCACACACAGGGUAAACGUUUCGGUGGAUGAAGAUCCAUACAUGAUUGGAUCAUUUAAACCAUUACUCGACAUGGACCGUUUCGAUAAAUCAGAAGCAGAUGAUUCAACCGAGGAUGAGAGACCGUUACAAGUUCCUUUUCAUCUACGAAAUACAUCUACAAUAGCACCUCUUCCUCGACCCGUUAAAGAGAGACCACCGAUAGCAUAUCGAGCGCCACCUCAAGAAGAUCAAUUCGCAUCAGGUGGAUUGUUAGGAAGAACAUAUUCAGUUCGUCAAAAAGCACAGCAAGAUCGAGAGUAUAGUCUUAAAAAUGGAUCUUUCACAGAUGGCCCGACUCUCAUAAAUGGCAGCGCUCAAUCUCGAGCAAUGUCGAUGCCUACGAAAGCCAAACGUUUAGAAGUAGCUAAUGCUGCUAAUACAAGUCUUUCACGCAGUCCAAGUAGCAGAAAAACUAAACCGUUAUUGGAUUUCACGCCUCAAUUUGAAGAGGCACCGCAGUGGAAUAAAAAAGGCAAGGGUCAUGGUGUAGCGGCUCCUUCAGGAGUAUUAUUGGUUGAUGCAGCGAAUACACCGGACAUUGGUUUGAAUGAUAUUCCAAAAGCAAAUACAGUAUUUAGGAGAGAAACGACGACGCAGAGACCGAGAACAGGUACGAAUGGAAGGGAUAGGGGACAUUCGGGGACUAGGGAACCAUUUAUUAAGGGUGGAUUGGUAGAGGGUUCAUUGACAAGUAGUGGAAGAGAGAGGGGAAGGGUGGGAUAUGAAUGAGAUAUUGGAGAAUGGAGAUGGAAGAGGGACUAAGUUUCUUUUGUAUGCGAUGGACUUUUGGACCUUGAGGGUAGGGAUUUGGAAAUCAAAACUGGAUGGAAUAUCUGGCCGAAUUGAGAAAUUGGGAUGGGGGUAUGUUUGGCUCUUUGCGGUGUUUAUGAAUGAUUAGAUACCAGUGAGACGGAGAUACCUAGGUAGUACUUUUUUUACAUUUUUUUCGCCUUUGGAUGUAUAUUUGUUGUCGUUAAAUCAAUUUGAUGCGUUUUUUUGGGUUUUGAAUGUUGAGGGUUUGGUGAGAGUUCUUUUGAAUUGCUGUGAUUUUGUGAAUUUGUGGUUGUUUGUAUUUGUGUUCUGGGGGGGGAGGAAGUAUUGAUGAAUGAUGAGAUAUUGAGAACAUAUGUGUGAUUUUGAUUUAUUUAAUUGAUUGAUUGAUUAUUGGUUUAUUUGAUUGUUGGUUUAUUUUUUAAUUGGUUAUUGAGAUACUUUUUGGUAUUGUCAAAGUUUAUAGGAGAAGGAGAAGGAGAAGGAGAAGGAGGAGGAUUUAAUGUUUGAAUUUUGGAUAUUUGAUUGAUUGAUUCUUUCUUUUUUUAUGUCUCUCUCUAUCUCUUUCUCUCUCUCUCUGUGUAUGUGUUUGUAUAUGAAGAUCUGCAAAAUUUGUAUGGAUAUUCUUUCUUGAGGAAGA